CUACAUCCUACAUACUACUGUAUGGUCCAUGAGGAUGAUGCCUUAGGCCCAGAUCGGAAGCAGCAUAGUCACCCGUGAAGUCUAGUGUACCGCUAUGAAGACGGGCUGGUUAUGCCAGUGGAACAGACCCCUCGAUAACUACCCAGCGUCGAAUCCUGCCUUACAGAACGCGCAUUCGUGCCGGACUGCAACACAUAAAUACGAGGAAGUCCGUCUGCGCGGAGAAGCCAUCCACCCGAGGGACAUGCCUUCCUUGGGGUGAACUGCUUGCACUUGGGGCUUGAAGAGCACGGCGCUGCAGCAUUGCAGAGAUCGACGCGGGUCACGGGACAUCCACGGGAGGAAGCGCUUUAUGGAAGAAUCUGAAUUCAGGGCAUGGAGCCGUACAGCGAGUCGAAACUUGCGGGGCCGUACUCCUAACUGAGGUUCUCGCUCACCGGGGUUUGAGACUCCAGUAUUUAUAUAACAGACC